AUGCAGGAAGUGGAAUUUGGUAUGGAUUGGCAGAAACAAAGUUGCUGCAUUUCUCUGGAAAUGGAGUUUCUGGUUGGUUAUCCAAGGGACCAUACCAGGGGAACUAGCAAGAAAAAGAGAGAGAAAUGCCUUGGAAAUUCAUUCCAAGUCGAUACUGUUGCUUUUCAUCUGUCAGUGCUGAAGGAUAGGUUUCCAUGUGGUAUGAACGUGCUGUCCCUGUUCAGUGGUAUCGGAGGAGCAGAGGUUGCCCUUCACAAGCUUGGCAUACGGAUGAAGACCGUGGUUUCUGUGGAAAUCUGCGACGCGAGUAGGAGCAUCUUGAGAACUUGGUGGGAUCAGACCCAGGAAGGCACACUGAUAGAGUUCCGUGAUGUGCAGUCUCUCACACAUGAAAAAAUUGCAUCACUUAUCAGACAACUUGGUGGCUUUGACUUGGUGAUCGGGGGAAGCCCAUGUAACAACCUUGCUGGCAGCAACCGGCACCACCGUGUUGGCUUGGAGGGUGACCAGUCCGUGUUGUUUCGUGACUAUGUCAGAAUCUUGAACUCUGUAAAGUCGAUUAUGGCAAAUGUAGGAUGA